AUGGAAGAAGUUAUAUCAAAUGGUAAUAUGACACCCGAUGCAUCGAUGUGUAAAUGUCCCGAACCGCCAUUACAUCAAGAAACUUUCACGUCAACACCAUAUUGUUCCCGUAUUUGUACAUGUGAUGGACGGAAAGAGCGUAACAAAAUACAUCAGAAAAUUAAGAAUUGGAUAAUUGAACGUGAAUCGCUGAAAGAUCAACGUUUACUGAAAGAAACGGCAAAAAAAGAUUCUGGAUUUUAUUCGUCGGAUGAUUCGGACAAAGAAAAUCGUCAUCCUGGAAUUUAUUCAUCGGAUGAUUCGGAUAAAGAAAAUUGUCCUGGAAUUUAUUUACCGAAUGAUUCGGAUAAAGAAAAUCAUCCUGUAAUUUAUUCAUCGGAUGAUUCGGACAAGGAAAAUCGUCCGUAA